AGUACUACUACACUUCCUUUCAAGUCCUCAAAAAGUAACAAUGUCUCCCAUGGUUUCUUUUUUGCUCAUCUUUUCCUGCAUGAUCACUAUUCUCUCCAUUGCUAGAGCUCAAGAUAGAGCUCAUGGUGUUGCUUAUGAAAGCCCAAUGGCCUUUUCACCAUCAGCAUAUCAUUUCUUCCAUCCUAACACGUCUCAAGAUUCCGACACCAAAGAUCAUUGUUCCCCAUCCAACUGCACGUCAUUGCCUGUGGCCGCAGAACCGCGAGUAACUGAAGCUGCUCAAGAAAAUGAGAGUAGUGCAUCGAAUUCCCAGCAAGGCAGGAGCCGAGUGGCAGCAGGUGUGAUUGCUGGCAUUGCGUCUGGCUUGGCAUUUGCUGUGCUUGGCUUCGCCUGAUGGCUGUUCGUGUGCUCACCUAACGAAGCUUUCUGAAGCUUGCGCCUCUACCUAUUCUUGUCUCUUCCUUUUCCUGUUUCGCUUUUGUUUCUUUGUAUCUGAUUCGGGUUAUGGUAUUUAUAAGCAGCAAUGCAGCAGCGAUAAGCUGCUUGGUAUUUGGCAAUAAA